UUCAUUAUUUAUAUUCGUUGACGUUUUGUCUUCUACGACUUUUCGUAUUGAAGUUUCUUUUUUUUUUGAAUUGUGCUUGGUCCGCUGUGUCCUCUCCAGUUUUAGGAUUAUUUUAACAGAAAGCGCUAAAUACGAUUUUAUGUACGGUUGGUGUCUUCCUCUGAAAGAAAUAGACUUGGGAAAUGGCGUAUUUCACUAAUGAUGGGAUUUUCAAUCAUGAACCUUGCGAAGAUGACCGUGCAGACAUGAAUGAGGAUUCGCGUCACACCAACUAUGAGCACAAUAAUACCUACGCUGAUAGUGAGGAAGACACAGAAGAAGCAAGUGAAACGGAAUGCAGAUCCUCAAACCAUCGAAAUUAUGAUGAGCCCAUGGAGAUCAAGGAGCAGAUGUACCAAGAAAAACUAGCAACAUUCAAAAAACAACUUGAGGAUCUAAAAAAUGGCUCCCAUCCUGAAUACGUGAAACGCGUGAAAAAGCUAAAACAACAAAUGGAAGAACGGUUACGUCUCAAUGAAAUUCAUAGAGCAUAUUUGGAAGAGUGUGUUGAACGAGAUUAUAUUCUAGAAAAUAAUGCAGCUGUGAAGGAGUAUGAAGAGAAAAAGUCGGAUUUAAAGGAAAAUCUCUUAACCGAUUUCGAGGACAGGAAGAAGCUAAUUGAAUCAGAACGUCAUAGUCUAGAAUUAACGAGUGAUUCUACAGAGAUAAAGCCCACAGUGACGAGAAAACUGCGACGACGUCCAAAUGAACCUCUACCGGUUGUAGAAAAACGUCGGAAGCCUAUAACUGGGCAACUACUUGUGUAUACACUUGAUGAAAAAGACAUUGAGAGUGAUCUGAAAUCAAUAAGCCGAGGGAAGGCGAUGACACCCAACCCAAUUACAACAAACGGAAUGCCAUCAAAUUCCCAACCGCAUCAGAAUACAAACGACGUUGCCCCAACCUUGGUAGAGACACGGAUCGAAGACGGCAAACUACUUUAUGAAAGGCGAUGGUUCCACCGCGGUCAAUCCGUUUAUGUGGAAGGCAAAGAGAUGACUCGAUUUGCUGCAACAAUAUCCGCGAUUGGUAACGAAGUGGUGUGGGUGAAAAAGGUCAAUGACAACAACAAAGUUAAGAUAAAUAUGUCACAAUUGGCGAAAGGCAAAGUUUCUAUAAAAAGGAGAGCGAAUUAAACCCGCAGAGUGUUGUUCUAGAGAUAUUUACUAAUUGUAUAAUAUUAGAUUUAAGGUUACUGAUUGUAAGUAUGAACGAUUUUAUA